UCGGAAGAAAUCGACAUCAGUCGGCUAGUGACAUUCUAUCAUUAAGUUUCACAGUGAAUGCAGAACUGCCCCGAGUGUUCCGAUACAGAAGCAUACGCAUAUAAUCCGAGAUGGGAUUUAAAUUGAAAUGGUUCCGGCGUCGAAUCACCUUCGAGGGAAUUCCAUCGGCACCAGAGCGUAGUAUUAGAAGGAAAGAGCAAACAACAAGUGUUACCGCUGUCGGUGUCUAUAGACAGAGCGUCAACUUUGAAGAUUACAUUGAGCCAUCCCGAGCAUCCUACGGAGAACCGCCAAGUCAUCCGUUUGUGACCACGAGAAUCAGAAAACCGAACACGUCUACAACCUCGUCGGCAACUGUGAAUAAGUCGUCAGAGAAGAACAGCCCAAGAGAUAAGAUAGCACGAGAACGAAACAAUGGACGAUUCAUGGAAACACCUCCCGAGCCGAGUUAUUCGCCACCAAAGCCUCCGAUGAGAAGAGGCAUUUCUAUGACUAAAUCUACACCCAAUAUUUCGACACUUGAGAGCCCAAAAGCGGAGCGUGUACAGAUGCGAGCACUCGAAGCAACUCGAUCCAUAGAAGUACUCAAUGAAGUUCCCGUGGAAACGCGAAAGGAUGUCCCAGUUGCAACGACGUCUCGGGCUGAGAAAAUUGACUAUGAUGUUCCUGCAUUCGAAACAGUGAAUUCUGGGAAAGCGUCACAGGCAAAUGAAUCCGAACAGAUGGAACAUUGGAAGCAUCAGCAACCUCAGUUUUUUAGUGAAAUUCUUGAAAAAGUUAAUGAAUUCGGCAACAAUAAGAAUGCUGCAAAGACCGAAGAUGGAUAUGGAAGUGAAACAGAAUCAUAUGAAGAAGUUUUCGAGAAAGUGAAGGCAAAACCAAGGCUACCAACGGACAAUGCAGUUCCACCCAAACCUGACCCCUCUUAUGGGAACUUCUACGAACGAGAUCUUAGUCGCCAUACCAGCUGUAGCUCAAUCGAUGAUGUAUUUGAGCCAAGACCUCCUGAGUACAUCUUUACAUUAUCAAUGGAAGAGGAGCCAAAUCAUAAUGGUACCUCACUCCCCGAAGUCGCAGCCCCAAGAAUACCAGAACCCGAGCCUAGGAAUCUGAUGGAAACUAUCCCACAACCUAACACAUCAUCUGAUACCUCCCCAAAACCACUGAAAUCUAUCCUAAAAAAGCGAGCACCUGCUCCACCAACUCAACAAACUCAGCCCAUAGAAGUCAUCACCAUCCAGGCAGAGAUUCCCACGCCCCCACCAAGAGCAAUUCAUAAACAACGACCGCCAAGCCCCAAGGUUAGCGAAGAAGAGGACGAUGAUGGCUACCUCAACUGGAAUAUGGUCGAGCGACACCGUUCAAGCAUAACGCAUACCAUGGCCACACAACGGUUAGAUCCGGAAAUUAUUCGAAACGUCCCUGCCAGCCUACAGCAGCCCAAACCGCUCCUAAACGCCCGAGCUAUACUCGAUGAAGAAAGCCCCAAAACACUUCGAGGAAUGCGAAGCAAACAAUCGGCACCCGCUUCCAAUGGAAACACAUUCCUAGCUUUUCAAGGCAACGGCGCAGCCCGAAACAGUGAAUCGAACCUCUCCGAAGCGUCAGCCUAGUCUUCUACGCAGUGUUAAAUCUUAUCUAAUCUUUUUAAGCUAAUAAAACAUUCAAUUUAUGGUA